AUGCAUUUUCUGCUGGGAUUCCUGUCUGCCCAGACUGCUCUCUGCUCUCUGCUCUCUGCUCUCUGCUCUCUGCUCUCUGCUCUCUGCUCUCGUGAGUGCGACAUGGCAGACCGCGGCAGCCGAUCAUCCGCGGAGGCUUCCAGGGACUCUCGUUCUAGCACAGAUUCUCGCUCCCCAACUUCUAGCAAUACGCCUUUCCGUCUGGCCUCGAUAAGCCCGCUACAACCGCGCCAAGGCUUCGGUGAUUCGUUACGUGCUUCCCCAUCCUCCCCCAGAGCUCGCCGACAACCAUCACUGUCCCAAUCUGCAGUGCAAAGCCUCAUCGAUAAUCCGCCUUCCGGAAAUGCGGCAGAUCCGGCCUUUGCGGGCCGUGACUGGACCCAGAUAUCGGUUGGCGAGCUGGUCACCCCGAGUGAUCUUCACUUUGUAGAAAUGGAUACGGGAAUCGAGGAGGCCACGAAUUACCCGCUGAUAAUCUGUCCCCGGCUCUUUUUUGCUCUCCUCUGUUAUCCGCAGAUUCUGAUCGACUCCGGUUCCCCUGUUAUUUUAAUCCGCGAAAAGCCCAAAGAUAAAACUGCCAUUGGUACAUUCGAUUAUGCGGAUCUCAAUGCAUAUCUCCUGCUUGUGGUAGGAUUGGUGCAACCAAGCGAGGAGCAUGUUGCGUCCAUGCGAGAGCUGGCGAGAAAAGCGAAAGAAGGGAAGGAAAUCCCGCUGAGAGACGUGAAAAACCUGGGCCUGAACGUACCCAUCACGAGCCUUACUCCCGGCGCCAGUCUGAUGAGAGCGGUCGAGACAUUUGGUGGUGGAGUUCAUCGGGUUAUCGUUGCGAAAGAAGAUACAAACGAGGUUGUGGGUAUCUUCAGCCAAUGGCGGCUUGUGAAGUUUCUGUGGGAAAACGGGCAGAGCUUUCCUGUCAUCGAUCAGCUGUAUCCGCGGUCUUUGGCAGAUCUGAGGAUAGGUUCGCAACAGGUAAUAUCGAUCAAUUUCUAUAGCGGAUACAAGCCAUUAUCCGAAGCCUUGGAAUUGAUGAACAGUGAAGGGAUUUCCUCAAUCGCAGUCGUCGACAACCAACUCAAUGUCGUUGGAAACAUAUCUGUUGUUGAUGUGAAGCUACUCACCAAAUCAACAUCCCUUCCUCUCCUAAAUAACACUUGCAUACAUUUCAUCUCUGUUAUUCUAUCAACCCGCGGCAUGCAUGAGGGUAAAGACUCGUAUCCGGUUUUCCACGUUCACCCUCAAUCGACGUUAGCCCAUACAGUGGCAAAGAUAGUCGCUACAAGAUCCCACAGGAUGUGGGUAACCGACCCUCAAUCGCCGGCAUCGUCAGGACCUUCCACUCCUUCCCACUCUGCCAUUCACAUCCCUCUGAACAGCCCAUCCGUCAUACCUCUGUCGCCCCAAUCGUCUCCUGCAGCUCCAUCUACUUGGAGCCUCCCCCCUCCCACUACGUCGCACCAUGCGCAACCCUACCAUUCGACGCUGAUAUCCCCCGCUGGCCCACCACAGUCGAUGUCCACAUCUAUUCCAGCCGCCUCGCUACCCGGUGCGAGGCUGUCUGGCCACCUCGUUGGCGUGGUAAGCCUAACUGACAUUCUCAACCUGUAUGCCCGUGCCAGCGGGCUAAGCCCCGCAGACCCGAGCAUAUACCGUAGUCAGCGAAGGCGAAGCAGUAGCUCGAGCCUAGGCAUACGGAAAAGUGGAGAUAUCGGGCGGGACAUCGGUAGGGAUGUCUGGAACCGUGGAAGCGCUUAG